CUCGGCCGCGACGCGACUCCGAGGGGCCGGACGGUCGUGUCUGAUUCACGUCCUGGUGUCUCCCUUCCGCCUCUGACCGCGGGCGUGUCCCUGAGCCUCUGCGUUUUCCUCUCGUCGCCUGCAAAACGGGCUCAGUGAGGCCCCGGCCAGUGCCCCCGGCUUGGGGAGCCUGCCCCGCGGUGACGAGGCGGCGCAGAGGGGGCCGUGACGGCCGGAGACGCACAGCUCCCUCACACCCGGCAUUCCGCCUCCCUUGAUUCGCCAGGCUCCACUCGGUGCCCAGCAGCGCCCGGGGACGUCAGAUGGACACGGCCAUGGAAGCCACGCUGGGGGUCUCGGGCCACGGGCCCCGCGCGGAGCUCGAUGAGGAGGACUACUACCCCCAGGGGGGCUGGGACACGGUCUUCCUGGUGGCCCUGCUGCUGCUGGGGCUGCCGGCCAACGCGCUCAUGGCCUGGCUGGCCGGCUCGCAGGCCCGGCACGGGGCGGGCACUCGGCUGGCCCUGCUGCUGCUCAGCCUGGCGCUGUCCGACUUCCUGUUCCUGGCGGCGGCGGCCUUCCAGAUCGUGGAGAUCCAGCACGGCGGGCACUGGCCGCUGGGCACCGCGGCCUGCCGCUUCUACUACUUCCUGUGGGGCGUGUCCUACUCCUCCGGCCUCCUCCUGCUGGCCGCCCUCAGCCUGGACCGCUGCCUGCUGGCGCUGUGCCCGCGCUGGUACCCGGGCCGCCGCCCCGUCCGCCUGCCCCUGUGGGUGUGCUCGGGGGUGUGGGUGCUGGCCACCCUGGUCAGCGUGCCCUGGCUGGUCUUCCCCGAGGCCGUGGCCUGGUGGUACGACCUGGUCAUCUGCCUGGACUUCUGGGACAGCGAGGAGCUGCCGCUGCGCGUGCUGGAGGUGCUGGGCGGCCUGCUGCCCUUCCUGCUGCUGCUGGCGUGCCACCUGCUCACCCAGGCCGCCGCCUGCAGCGCCCGCUGCCGCCGCCGCCGCCCCCCCGCCCCCCGCGGCUUCGCCCGCGUGGCCGGGACCGUCCUGUCGGCCUACGUGGUGCUGCGGCUGCCCUACCAGCUGGCCCAGCUGCUGUACCUGGCCUUCCUGUGGGACCUGUACCCCGGCUACCUGCUGUGGGAGGCGCUGGUCUACUCCGACUACCUGGUGCUGCUCAGCAGCUGCCUGAGCCCCUUCCUGUGCCUGCUGGCCAGCGCCGACCUGCGGGCCCUGCUGCGCGCCGUGCUGUCCUCCUUCGCCGCCGCGCUCUGCGAGGAGCGGCCGGGCAGCCUCACGCCCGCCGAGCCGCAGGCCCAGGCCGACUUCGGGGGGCAGGCGCCGCCGGAGCCCACGGCCGAGGCCCUGCCGCCGGCGACGCCCCUGGCCCAGCCACGGGCGGACCCCACGGCCCAGCCACGGGCGGACCCCACGGCCCAGCCACGGGCGGACCCCACGGCCCAGCCACGGGCGGACCCCACGGCCCAGCCACGGGCGGACCCCACGGCCCAGCCACGGCUGGAUGCUGGGGCCCAGCCAGGGUCAGACUCUGGGGCCCAGGCUCAGCUGAACCCCACGGCCCAGCCAGGGUCAGACUCUGGGGCCCAGCCAGGGUCAGACUCGGGGGCCCAGCCUCAGCUGCACCCCACGGCCCAGCCAGGGUCAGACUCUGGGGCCCAGCCAGGGUCAGACUCUGGGGCCCAGCCAGGGUCAGACUCGGGGGCCCAGGCUCAGCUGAACCCCACGGCCCAGCCAGGGUCAGACUCUGGGGCCCAGCCAGGGGCAGACUCUGGGGCCCAGCCUCAGCUGAACCCCACGGCGCAGAAACAGGCGGACCAUCAGGCCCAGCCCCAGUUGGACUCUGUGGCCCCGACAGAGGGGAGCCCCGAGGCCCGGCCCCCGGGUCCGGCUGCCAGCUCGGCCCCCAGCCCCUGUGGCGAAGCCUCAUUUGCCCCGGAGAGCCGGGCCGCGCCCGCGGCCUCGGAGGGAGAGGCCCCCGAGAGCCGGGCCGCGCCCGCGGCCUCGGAGGGAGAGGCCCCCGAGAGCCGGGCCGCGCCCGCGGCCUCGGAGGGAGAGGCCCCCGGCAGCGCCCCCCCAGAGGAGGGUCCCGGCGCAGGGCCCACGUGAGGGUCCGAAGCCCAGGCGUGCCCCGGCGGAGUCAGACAGCCAGAGAGGCGGGGCCCCGUGGAUGUCGUCCUGGGAAACCCCGCCAGGCCCCUCGGGGCUGCAGGAGGGCGCCCGGGAGUGAGAAUGAAGCGGCCAAAAGUCCCAGACAGUCUGUUGUGAGCGUCGUGGCCCUGUCGGCGUCCCACCCAGCUCUUCCAUGCUUGGGCCCCCCUGCCCACCCCACACACGGGGGCCCAACAGCCCUCCCUCUGUCACCGCUGAGGGUGCCCUGCCCGGCUCUGCCUCCGACACCCAGGCCCGCUGACAGCUUACGCUCCGAGGGGAGAGACAGCCGGGGGCCGUCCCAGGGCCCGAUCUGGCUCCCUGCAUUCCUCCCCCCUUCUCCUGGCCCAUCCUCUAACCCAGUGGUCGGCAAACUGCGGCUCUUUGGCCCCCUGAGUGCGGCUCUCCCACAAACACCAGCUGCGGGCGCGCGGACAGCGCGAUUGGAACUUGGUGGCCCGAGCGCAGAGGUGGGCUUUCCGCUCUCCAAAGCAAUGUCAGCCGCUCUGUGCUGUGGGCGUUCGGCUCUCGGCACUGCCCUAACCCGAGCAUGAGGACAGAGGAGGGAGGGCGGCCGGCAGAGCGACAGGAGCAGCGGCGGGAGCAGCCGGGCCGCCCGCCGCGGCUCUGGGUGUGCCUCCCCUCGGAGCGCCCGCCUCGCCUGCUG